GGCACAGCAGCCCUCUCUCUGCUCCAGGCCCGGGGAAAGGCAAAGGACUGGGAGAGCAGCCUUUGCUGCCCGCUAAAGCCGGCGGCCCGGUGGGGCGCGGCCAGUGCAUGAGGGCAGCGGGCGGAGGCGUCGAAGAAGGAGGAGGAGGAGGCGGGGGCGGCGGUGAGUCCCUCCCGCUCGCCCGCCUGGGCACUGGCAGCCCCUGCCGCCGCCUCCGCUCCUCGCCGGGGCCCGGGAGACUGAGGCCGCCGCGAAGAGCCCGGGACAUGCGGCCUCUCCAGCCACAGCCAGCGCCGAGGAGACGGAGGACAUGAGGCUCCGCAAUGGCACCUUCCUCACGCUGCUGCUCGGCUGCCUUUGCGCGCUCUUCUCGCUUUCGUGGUACGGGGCCUUCGGCGGGCACAAAGGUGAUGUUAUGGAUAUCUAUCAGCGAGAGUUCCUAGCACUGAGAGACCGUUUGCAUGCUGCAGAACAGGAAAGCCUCAAGCGGUCAAAGGAGCUAAAUGUAGUCCUGGAUGAAAUAAAGAGAGCCAUCUCUGAAAAGCAAGCCCUACGGGAUAUAAAUCGGACGUGGAGCAGUUUAUCUGAUGAAACAAAAUUAAAACUCUGGAAUAUCACUAACAAGAAUGUGCUGCAUCUUCCAACCAUCUUCCAUCAUUUGCCACAUUUGUUGUCCAAGGAGAAUAGCCUGCAGCCAGCGAUACACGUGGGACAAGGGCGCACUGGAGUAUCAAUAGUCAUGGGGAUCCCCAGUGUCAAAAGGGAGGUGCAUUCAUAUCUGACAGAUACCCUGAACUCCUUGAUCUCUGAGCUCAACCAGCAGGAGAAGGAAGAUUCUGUCAUUGUGGUCCUGAUUGCUGAGACAGAUCCACAAUACACCACAGGAGUGGCAGAAAAUAUCAAAAGCUUAUUCCCUAAUGAAAUACAUUCUGGUCUUCUAGAAGUUAUUUCCCCUUCUCCACACUUCUAUCCAGAUUUCUCCCGGUUGCGAGAAUCUUUUGGUGACCCUAAAGAAAGAGUCAGGUGGAGAACUAAACAGAACUUAGAUUACUGCUUUUUAAUGAUGUAUGCGCAGUCCAAAGGCAUAUAUUAUGUUCAGCUAGAAGAUGAUAUUGUAGCCAAACCAAACUAUCUCAGCACAAUGAAGAACUUUGCUCUGCAGCAACCUUCUGAAGAAUGGAUGAUCUUGGAAUUUUCCCAGCUUGGAUUUAUUGGAAAGAUGUUCAAGUCCCUGGAUCUCAGUCUGAUUGUGGAAUUCAUACUUAUGUUCUACAAGGAUAAACCCAUCGAUUGGCUUCUUGAUCAUAUCCUCUGGGUAAAAGUUUGCAACCCAGAGAAAGAUGCAAAACAUUGUGAUAGACAGAAGGCAAACCUAAGAAUCCGCUUCAAGCCUUCGCUCUUCCAACAUGUAGGAACCCAUUCCUCCCUGGCUGGUAAAAUACAGAAGUUGAAAGACAAAGAUUUUGGAAAGCAGUCUCUUCGCAAAGAGCAUGUGAACCCUCCUGCAGAAGUGAGCACAAGCCUGAAGACCUACCAGCACUUCUCCUUGGAGAAAGCCUACCUGAGAGAAGACUUUUUCUGGGCGUUUACUCCCACAGCGGGUGACUUCAUACGCUUUCGCUUCUUUAAGCCACUCCGUAUUGAACGGUUUUUCUUCCGUAGUGGCAACAUUGAACACCCUGAAGACAAACUCUUCAAUACAACAGUGGAAGUCUUGCCCUUUGAUAGUCUCCAGUCAGAUAAGGAAGCUCUGCAGGAGGGAAGAGCAACAGCAUUCAAGUACCACAGGACGUCUGACGGCUACAUACAGAUAGGCUCAUUUUCAAAGGGCAUCGCUGAAGGAGAAGUGGACCCUUCCUUUGGCCCUCUGGAAGCAAUACGGCUCUCCAUCCAGACUGACUCUCCUGUAUGGAUAAUCUUGAGUGAGAUAUUCCUGAAAAAAGCUGACUGAUCUUGAAGAUAUAGGGAGUAACAUAUCCAAUAGCUUUUUAGCUCUUCCAUUCUUCUGUGACAGUGAAGGUGCAGCAGAGUGAGUGGGCUACUUCUAAAGCAAAGCUAAAUGCGUAAAGAGCACCUGCUGCCCCAAGAACAAGAAGGAAAAGCUUGUGGUGAAAUUCGAUAGAGCCUUGGAGUUUUCCUACCAUUCUUAAAUGGAGAAGAGAAGAAUUUUUCACACAUAGGUGCUGGGACUCAAUUACAAGAAGCACCAUUGCUGGCUUAUCUCACAGUCAGCUGCCUUUGCAGCUAGAAAACAAAUAUUCAAACAAAUGAGUCUAGAGAUGAACUUUCUGCGUAGAAGACUUGUUUUUUGUUCCCUUGAGUAAGGACCACAUUGUUCCUAUAUUUCUUCCUUCCUCCCUUGACAUUGGUCCAGAAUGUAUCAUUAAAAGGCACAUUUAGAAGUGCA